AUGAUAGAAUCCACCCUGCAGUCUGAGAGGGAGAAGCUGGAAUCGGAUGAAUGUGGAACCACUCCAGGAGGUGGUUCCAAUGCCAAGUUCUCUCACAUUCUGCAGAAGGAUGCUUUUCUGGUCUUUCGAUCAUUAUGCAAACUUUCCAUGAAGCCACUUUCUGAUGGUCCUCCUGAUCCAAAGUCUCACGAAUUACGCUCCAAGAUUCUUUCACUACAGCUUCUUCUAUCAAUUCUGCAAAAUGCCGGACCAAUUUUUCGAACUAAUGAAAUGUUUAUCAAUGCAAUAAAACAGUACCUUUGUGUGGCUUUGUCAAAAAAUGGUGUCUCCUCAGUGCCAGAAGUGUUUGAAUUAUCACUUUCCAUCUUCCUCACUCUAUUAUCAAACUUCAAGACUCAUCUUAAGAUGCAGAUAGAGGUAUUUUUCAAGGAAAUCUUUCUUUAUAUUUUGGAAACGUCGACAAGUUCGUUUGAUCACAAAUGGAUGGUAAUUCAGACUCUGACCAGAAUCUGUGCAGAUGCUCAAAGUGUAGUCGACAUUUAUGUAAAUUACGAUUGCGACUUGAAUGCUGCUAACAUCUUUGAAAGGUUGGUGAAUGACUUGUCAAAGAUAGCCCAAGGUCGAGGUGGUCAUGAGCUGGGAAUGACACCUGUGCAGGAGCUCAGUCUUAGGAAGAAGGGCUUGGAGUGCUUGGUCUCAAUUUUGAAGUGUAUGGUGGAAUGGAGUAAGGAUCUGUAUGUAAAUCCAAACUCUCAGACUAGCCUUGGCUGCCAUGUUGCUGUCUUUGCCAAUGGACUCAUCAAAGGGAUUUCAAACAUGGUGAACAGUGAACAGUGUUCCUUCACAACUGACUACAAAGUCCAGCCCAUUAUUUUUUUGAAGGUUAAAGGAUCGCAACUGUGCAGUGAAUAGAAGCUGGUCUUUCACUUAUGGAACCUAGCUAAG